UUCAUUCAACGCUAGAGUUCUGAGUUAGUCGUACGUGCAAACAAGCUGAUCUCAUUUAGUUCUUGUGAUAAAAUUUAAAUAAUAAUAAUAAAGUUUUAAAAAAAAGACAGAAGAAAAUAUGAAAGCUUCAGCAUUAUUCAUUGUGGUUUUGUCUCUGGUGGUAACAGUGGUUAUAGCACAAUGGAAUGGAAACAACAAUGGACAACAGCAAUUCCCAAAUUUUCCACAACCACCAAACUUCAAUGAUCUUUGCAGUCGGCCUGGUGCAAAUUGUGUACAGCAGACUUGUGACUCGAAUGGGAAUUGUCAUACCACACAAAGUGGUGCUGUUAGUGUGACCGGUACUUAUACUACAAUUUUGAUGACUUGCGGUGCUCUUAUGGCAGUGAUGUGGAGACGAUUUUGAAUGGAAUCAAUCGAUUGACAAAAAGCUUUUUAUUAUUUAUUUAAUUGUUUUAAAUCGCAUGUAGAUCUAUAAUUCAAGUGACGUUAUUAGCGCUACUUUUUGUGAAUUGACUAAUAAAAUUAGUAUUCUCGUGACGUAAAUUUG